AUGCAGGGCAAGCCAAACCCCCUGCAAUGCCCCCAGGCCUCCAGCCGCAUCUCAGCCCCCAACUCCAUCCUGAGCAAACCCCGCCCACGAGGCCAGCCCGUCUCUGAAUCUGCUGUGUGGCCACAUGCACCGCGGCAACCUCUCUGUGCCCUGACCUCCACAGCACUAAAGCGGGGUGACGAACACCCUACCCUUGAUGCAGGCUGUGAGCUCGGUGGGCAGGGCCGGCCCCACGGAGGCCUGGUCGGCGUCGCUCGAAGAUGUUUUGCCCAGACGGGCAGCAAGCGCGGUGAAGAGAUAACGGGACGCGAAGGUUGGCAGCACAGCCCCGUGGGCAGCGGAGUUGGCGGCCGGGCAGCCAAGGCGCCAUUGAGCUCCACGGACGAGAGCGCGGUGAGAUCAGCCUUUCAGGUCCCAGAUGACAAAAUCACCUUCAACCGCGCCAGGAAAGCCGCUCAGCCCGUUCGCCCUCCCUUGGAUCCCCGUGUCCUGGCUGGGAGCACAGACACUCGGGAGCAGGACAGGGGUGAAAAGCGACCUCAGUUAAAAUGA